CAGAACAUAGCAACAGCGCAGGCUCGGGGCCGAGUCCGUUAUGGCCGCCGCCGUCGCCGCCGCUGCCGUGGGCAGAAUGAGCGGGGCUGCGCGAGAGAAGCUGCUUCCCGGGCCGGGCGCCCGGGGCCUCGGAGCGCUGGCGCGGUCGCUGGUGCUGGCGUUGUUGCUCGCGCCCGUCCUGUGCUCUGAUACUCCAGAGAACACACCACACAACCCCACUGUUCCUCCUCCAGCUGCACCAACACCCAGAAACAACACUGAACCUUCUAUUUCCCAGAUGAGUACCACUGUUCCUCCCCCAGCCAGUACAGAGAAAAAUGGAGGCACCUCUGCAACACCCACCCCCUCAGCUGCUCCUUCUGCGUCGCAGGACCAGGCUGAUAGCAGUGAAGAUCCCAGCAUGGAGGAGGAGGAUCUUCUGGCACUCAACAGUUCCCCAUCCACAGCCAAAGACACUCUGGACAAUGGUGACUAUGGAGAGCCAGACUACGACUGGACCACUAACCCCAGGGAUGAGGAGCCUGAUGAUAACAUAAACAUAGAGAUAGACGGAGAGAACAGGCGCUUCAGGGGGUUUGAGGACUCUGUGAAGGUGGUGAAGCUCCAGCCCCCAAACAGAGAAGACAGUCAUUUCUUUUUCCAUCUCCUUAUUUUUGCUUUCUGUGCAGCUGUUGUUUAUGUAACGUAUCACAACAAAAGGAAGAUUUUCCUUCUAGUUCAGAGCAGGAAGUGGCGUGAGGGCUUGUGUUCUAAAACAGUGGAGUACCAUCGUCUAGACCAGAAUGUGAGUGAGGCCAUGCCUUCUCUGAAGAUCACCAAUGAUUAUAUUUUCUAAAGCACUGUGACUGGAGUUUGCUUCUCUGUCAUUUUAUUUGCUUGACUUUUGUAUGAUGUCCUGCAGAAUUCUGCCACAGGCAAGUGGUACCAAGAGGGGGCGCUCUCUUUUGCCUUGGUGCUUUGGGAACUAAAUGUCACAAACAAGGAGUAUAUAAUUUUUUUAAUCUGUUCUGUAGAGCUAGAUUCAAUCAGGUAUCUGAAAUGUGAGUUAAAUGUUACCUUAUAUUUUUGUGUAGUUAUUAUUUUCCAUUUAUUGUGCCUCUGGUAGCAGGGUUCCCUUUGAAAGACCCCAAACCGGAGCUAAAGGCUCACGGGGCCCAGCACUGCCGGUUUGCAGUGCUCGCUGACAUUCACAUGCUGUUUUUCCUCUUUCCUUUAUUCUAUUUCUAAUUAUUGAGAUAGGACCUCACUAAAUAACCUAAGCUGGCCUCGAACAGUUGGUCUUCUUGCUUAGGAGUCUCAAGUGCUGGUACCACAGGUAUGGUCGUCCCACCCACUUCCCGAUAACAUAUUUUCAAACACAUUUUUUUUUGUGUGUGUGGUACCAAACUUUAAUUUACAAGGAUGUUGUGAUAUAAUGCUUUAAAGUAACAUAUUUUCCUCUCUUUCAAAACUGCUUUGAAAGAUGAUGGUAAGUGGGCUCAGUUAGUGAGGGUGCUUGCCGCCAAGCCUGACAGCCUGAGUUCAGUCCCCAGGACCUGCAUGGUAGAAAGAAAGCGGGUUGUCCUCUGACAUGUGUGCCAUGGCAUUUGUGCACCCACACACAUGUGCUUACACACACACACACACACACACACACACACACAGUAAAUAAAUGUAAUUAUUUAAAGGAAAAAAAAAAACCUCUUUGGAUAUUUUUUAGGCACUUAAAACAGUGUAUGAUAAUGUGACUGCUGUUUUACCAAUCACAUGUCAAACUUGUUUGGGAAUUCUUGCAAAAUAGACUGCAAUUCCCAAUUCCUAGUGAACACAGCUGAAAUGUUAGGUAGAUAGCAGUUUUUGGUUUGGAUUACUGAAUGAAGGUUGGGUAGAAAUUGGUAGACUAUUUAACCUGUGAACAACAGUUACUUUUAGUCUGUACUUGAUUUUGGCACAAGUUCCAAGGGUUCAGGCGAUGUGUUUCAAACUUAGAUCUGAUUUUUUUCAGUUUGUUUCUUGCUUCACAGUAAAUUUGAAGAGACUUUAGAGGCCAUUAUCACUUGAAUGCUACUGUGUCUUAAUCCUGCAGUUAAAGUGAUAAUCUGGAUAAAGUUUACACACAGAUCUGUGUAACAGUGACAUUCAGACUCCCUGCCAUGUUUUUAUUAUGCUGCCCCUCCCCCAGCAACUGGAAUUAUUUACUGUAUUUCAUGUUAGCCUGAUUUUUAGAGUUGAUCAGAAUGUAAAUGUGUGAUUUGAGCUGUGGUUGACUACCAAGCUUCAUUACAACUCUCCAGAAAGCAUAGCCUUUACUGUGUUUGUGUGCUCAGUAAAGCGCAGGUGAGCCAGCAGCCAUGACCCCGGCGCGGACACAGAAGCAGGCCUGCUGUCCUUCCCCUUCAGGACAGUUGACUGCAGGGUGGGCGGCAUAGUGAAAUAUACCUGCACUGUUUUAUUGCAGUAGUUUUUUUCAUAUCUGAAAUUGUAUUAUUUAAUAUUUUGAAUAAGAUUUUAAGAAAUAAAUGGUAAAGUUAUAAA